AUGCCUCAUUACCUACAUCCUCGGUCGCGGUCGACCAGCUCUCUCUUUGCCGCGACUUUGCUCGCCUCGUUUGUCAUUGUCGGCCUGCCUCAUAUCUUCCCGUGUCCUGCUCCCCGCCGCACCCUAGCCGAUUCAGACAUGACCAUGACAGAUGUCGACGGACGACAAAUGCAAAGACCUAGGCGGAAGAAGAGGAAGGCAGUUGAUGCUCCAGAACAACUCUCAUCCACAGACGGCGCCUCACGAGGCCUGCCACAAGCGACGGAUGAAGAGGUCUCGACAUUCCUCCAGAUGGAGGAGGAGGCUGAGACGAUGGCCAGGAGAGCCACGCGAGGGGAGGGAUGGCGCACCACGAACCGAUAUCCCCGGUCGAGGAGACGGAAGCUGAGAGAAGAAGAGACAGGUGCCGAAAGUGGAUUGUGGAUUAUACCUUCGCUUGACUACAAACGCUGUGAUCUGUUGGUUUUGCUAGACGCGAUCUCGUUUGGUGACGAUUAUCUACUUGUCUUGUUGAUUAAUCACAAUUCUUCUAGAAUGGGAAAUAUCUCUGUCUUCGAGUAUAAUGUAACCCUCACUGAUUUCUCAGUUAAAGGUGCCGUGAAAAUCCCACCUAUGCUUUUGGCGGCUAGGGAUGUUACUGAACCCCCUCAAUUGGAGGUAGCAUACAAAGCGAGGCAUAUACUAGUCUUGGCCUACAACUACAACCAGGCCUGA